AUGCGUCAAAAUCUGGUUCGACCAACCCUAACUGAAAUAACUCCGUUAUUACAGGACAUUAACAAUAAAAGAGGAAAUACAUAUGCAAUUGUAGAUUUUUCCGACGUCGCUGACCAUGAUACUAAAGAUUACAAGAGCAUUGACAACCUUGGGAAGAGUGCGGCCGAGAUAAGAGCUUCUCGUUGGAAAACCGUUAAAGCCAUUGCACAAUUGGUGUUGUUGUUUUGCGUGGCGCUUGGUUUCAUGUAUAUCUCUGUACAACUCUUAUUACCUCCGAUAGAACCAGAUAAACGUGAUCUCUUGAAAUUGCCUACAAACAUUGAGGAACUCCAGGCCUUAAAGGAAUUGUUGAGUUCCUAUAUGGAUAAAUUCUACCCCAGAGUAUUGGCUGCCUUCAUUAUACUAUACAUUUUCUUGCAAACCUUUUCGAUACCGGGAAGUAUGUGGUUAUCAAUAUUGGGUGGUGCAUUAUUUGGCUUACCAGUUGCACUACCGGUCGUGUGCACAUGUUGCGCGAUUGGUUCCACUUGUUGCUAUCUACUAUCCCAAAAAUUCGGCAAAACAUUCGUGAAAGAACGAUACGCCGAGAAACUAGAUCAACUUGCAAUCCAUAUACAAGCACAUUCCAGCAAUCUUCUCAAUUACAUAAUCGUACUCCGUCUUGCACCAUUUCCACCAAACUGGUUCGCCAAUCUGGCUGCGCCCCACGUCGGUAUCCCAUUGAAAACUUUUAUGCUUGGCACGUUCUUUGGGGUUGCCGGACCCUCGGUGAUUCACGUACAAGCCGGUGAAACAAUAAAUACGAUGGCGAAUUCCUCGAGCUUCCACAUGUUUACCGUGGAGAAUGUGUGUGCACUGGUGUUAAUUGGGCUUGCUGUGUUGAUUCCGGUGUUUUUGAGACGACGUGUUGAACAGAAAGCGAAACGUGAAGCUUUAAAGAAUGGGCUAUUAUUGCCGUCAUCCUGA